ACAAUAGCAGGAUGAAUGGAGAGGCGAGGGCGAGGGAGGAGGAGGGGGAGAAGGGAGGGGCGGGGAAAAGGCGGUCGCCACCCCGAGGGUAGCCGAGGCCAGACGGGAGAAGGGCUCGGAGAGGUAAAGGGCGCCGAGUCGCUGAGGGGAGGGGUUCUCACUGGAGGUAACCGAGAGAUGCGGGGGCUUGGAGAAGACCGGCUGCGGGGAACGAAGCUGAAGGUUCUGAAGCGCCAAGCGAAAAGGCCAGGUGCAAGGAGGCGAAAGGAGGCCAGAGGUGAGGCCCGGGGCGCGGAGCUGCCCAGGGCGCCGCGCCCGCGGAGGGCGAACCGCGGAGGGAGGGACCGGCCAACCGCAGCCGGGAGGUGGCAGGGGCAACUGCAGAUCCCCGGAAAAGCCGCUCCCGAGCCAACACACCUUUCAGUGCAAACAGCAGGAAAAGUCCUGCGAGCCCUCCACUUCUCCGGGCCGGAGCCCUGGUGCGCGCUCGUCCCAAACCCGCUCUGCCCGCUUUCCGGAGAGGAACCCAGCGCACUGCAGAGCCGGACGCCCAGGGCUGGACGCCCAGCCACCGAGUCACGCCACAGGAUGCAGCUACUCACCGCGCGCAAAGCGGCUGGGGGGACCCCCGCAGGGAAAUUCAGGCACAACGGAGCCGGCUCCUUUUUAUCGCAACUCUAAACGCUAUGUCUGGUUUGUUCCAGGCUGCUAGUUAGAGGCUGUAACAUCCUCCAGAGCUGGGGCCCCAAAUAAAAAGCAUCUAUCCGCAUGCCUAAUAAAAGUUUUCUUAAAUCGGGCCAAGCAGGCUUUUUCCCAGGUUCCGCGCUCUGACCCCAUUCCCUCUGAACAAGCUUUUGGCAUUGUACUUGGAGUGUGCCGACUUGACCAAGCUCCCAAACAACCUUCCUGCUCUACCUUAGCUUGGUGUGCUCAGAGGCUCGCCCCCCCCACCAUCGCCCCCAGCCACCAGGUCGGUGGCAGUAUGUUUUUGGGUUUAUUGAUAUUUUAGAAAAGCGCUAGAGGUGCGGUUUCCUCGGGUUUUAUAUUUCAAAGCGAUUUGUUCUUGGGAACAGAAAUUCGUCUGAAGUAUUACUAACUCGGCUCCAGGUGUCCAGCCCCAUUCCUAUUCAUGAUGUGAAGUGGGCGACCAUGCACCUAUCCUUGCAGAACCCACUCCUGGUACAAAUCCGGUAACCUUUCAGGACGCGUGUCAGGGAAACUGGAGGUCCGGCUUUCCCAGUGGGGGUUCAAACUCCCGGGAGUGGGGAGAGCAGUCCAAGGCCCGCGCUGCCUCUUUUCCCGGUAGGAGAAGGUGCAGGGGGAGGCGGGGCCUCCCGCGAUGCAGGUAGCAGCUCGCGUCCCCUGAGAGCAGGCCGAGGCCAGGGUCCCACACUCGCAGUGCUGCGACGGCGCUCGGGACCUCCCUCGUCCGCUGCUUGAGUUCCAGAGGUGGGUGCUUCCCCGUCCUGGGCUUCAGAAUGCGGAGUUAUAAAUCGGUUGCUGCUGGUUUGCAGCAGUCUCGCUCUUCGGAGCCCGCCUAACUCCAAGCCACCCUCCCAGGCCCUCCGGCUUAGCGGGGGCAGGCACCGGGGGCGGAACGAAGCAGGGAGGGACCUGGAAAAAACACCCAGAUUGCAUUGCAGUGGGCGAGGCCGCCUGGAGAAGCCGGUUCCCGCUAGCCACCUCCCCGCGCGGCUCUCGGUGCGCGGUUCCCAGGUGUUCAGCUCUGCCCGGCCCAGGAGGUGCCGCCUCGCAGGGACGCGGAUCCCGGUGCGUGGCCCCCGCGGGGCGUUCCAGGUAGCGCACGGCGGUCCGGAGGCUCGGCGCCAAGUAGGCGACUGUUGCUGAAAAAGUGGUUGGAACACCUGGGGAAGCCGGGCCUCGCCUGUUCUUUCUAGGGCUUUGGAGUUUGGAUUAAUCAUUUGUGUAUCCCGUUUGGAUAAACCGAAGACUUUAUUAAAUCAGCGCGUUUACCAGGGAUUCCGAAGCAGUAUCCAAACUAGAAUCUUGAGUCUUGGAGUUGCCCAUAUUUACACAGACUUGCCUUCUUCCUAACUUAUGCCUAGUGUUCCAUUAUUGAAAUGCUAUGCUUGCGGGAGUUAUUUACAUCCAACUGCUCAAGGUCAUCGCCAAGGUGAAUCUUUCCGGGUCGGGUGCGGUGGCCCACGCCUGUAAUCCCAGCACUUUGGGAGGCCUACGCAAGCGAAUCACAAGGUCAGGAAUUCGAGACCAGCCUGAACAACAUGGUAACUCCGUCUCUACUAAAAUUGCAAAAAUAAGCCGGUCUUGGUGGCUCCGCCUGUAAUCCCAGCUACUCAGGAGGCUGGAGCAGGAGAAUCGCUUGAACCCCGGAGGCGGAGAUUGCAGUAAGCUGAGAUGGCGAGUUGGCGCCACUGCACUCCAGCCUGGGUGACAAAGCGAGACUCCCUCCCCCAAAAAGGUUAAUCUUUCCAACUAGAGUUUCAAAUAUGAGUAUUUUUUUUUUAUGUUCUUGAAUUUAUUCCCAGGGCUUGGAACUGAGCCUGACAUAUACUAGGUACUCAACAAAUAUUUGUUGAAUGACUAGUGAGUAACACCCAUUUUUGCAGCUCUUUGUCUUCUGAGCCUAGGGCAGAGUUCAUUGCUGAAGAGGUGAGAUUGUCAAAAUGGGGGAGUCUGCAGGUGAUUUAAGACUUAAAUGUUUAAAGAGUAGGUGCUAAUUCUUCAACAAACUUACUUUUGUUAAAUUAAAAGUGUAAAAUGUGGUGGUGGAGGGUUGGAAUAUGUGUAAUUCGAACCAAUUAGUUCCAAAUAAAAAAUGUUUUACUGUCUAUCACUACCAUCUACAAAUCUAAUUCAGUAAAGAUAAUCAUUGUAAGGUGGCUGGAAGGAAACUUGAGGAGAAAGGCUUAUUUAAGUAUUUGCUCAGGACCACACCUAAAACUCUCGAAGCGUUGAGAUUCUGGUUUUUUGUUGUGUUUUGUUUUUAAGCACCAAAGACCCAACUUGAAGAAUAGGUUAUAAAAUAACUGACUUGUACUCUGACACAUUAAAGCCAUCAAAGACAAAGACUGAAGAAGAACUUUUGGCUAUUAAAGGAGUUUUAAGAGACAUGAUUCUGAACCAGAAAAAUAAAAAAAAUUUUAAAAGUCUGGUAGAUUAAAUAAUAGUAUGAUAUCCGUGUUAAUUUCCCAUUUUUGUAAUAUUACUGUGGUUGGGCAGGAGAGUGUCUUUGGGGGAAGUAUCUGCUGAAAUAUUUAGGGGUAAAGAGGAAUCAUGUCUGUAACUUACUCUCAAAAGCUUCAGACAAAAUAUAUAGAGAGAAAAUGAUAAAGCAAAUGCAAUAAAAUGUUAACAUUGGGGAAUCUGUAUAAGGGAAUUCUUUAUGUUUCAUAACUUUUCUGUAAGUCUAAAAUUAUUUCAAAUUAAAAGAAAAUUUAAGCAUCA